AUGCCGAGCUCGGAAAGUGAGGCAAACCAAGACUCCUUCUUCGAAACCUCGCUCACGUCGAUACAGAAACGAUGCAUACACUUUGCCAACGCAGGAGAAAGUACGUCAAGGCACGAUAGCCACGACUCAGAAGAUGCCCGCCCAAACGACUCCGGACCCACAGAUCAGCCAUCGACAGCAAAAACAGGAACUACUUCGAAUGGCGACGGAGCAGCACGUCCAGGGUCAGCCUCCUCGCAGCAACAUACCCCAACGCAGUCCGCUGGCGGGCGGAAGUUCAUCAGCGAUCUCAACCCUACGGUAACUUUUCUUCAUCGUCCACGAGAAGAUGCUCGUGGAAGACUUCUUCCCAACGACGACAUAGGUAUCUGGAUCGAUAAACUGGAGUACGACGAUCUUAUUAGGCGCAGGGAUACCGCUACUGCAGAAGCACGAAAUCCUUCUCGCCCUGCUAGACGUGAUCCGGCUGCUGCGACCAUCAAUUAUGGCUUGCCUGGCGACCAGAGGCCGCAUUCCGGUGUACUCGGGCCACUCGUGGACAUUUACUUUGAGAAGAUACAUCCUAUCCUACCACUGAUGAACGAGGCCGAGUUCCGGGACCAGCAAGCUGAAGGGACUGUGCGAGAGCCACUAGUACAUGCUAUCUGUCUCGUGGCAGCCAAAGAUGCGGACGCAGCAGUCCAUCUGAAGCUGCAAGCUUCGCCGUCGACACUGCCACCUCGCGAGUUCUGCAACAGACUCCUUGCAUCCGUCAUGGGUGCCUUACGAGCACCAUGCCAAUACGACAAAGUCACCUUAAUCCGCAUCUUAGCCCUAGCAUCAAUGCACAGCGAAGGCGCCGAUGGUGCGGAAGAAUCCUCCAUGCUGCUAUCCCAAGCCAUGCACCACGCCCAAACCCUCGCAAUUCAUCUUGGUCAACAAUCAAACAACCCCUCCGACGCCGAUCUAUCAAUGAAGAGACUAUUCUGGUCGUUGUGGAUCUUAGACAGGCUGAACUCAAUUAUGAACGGCCGCCCGAUCUUCAUGCACGAGGUCGACAUCGCUAUUGAGAAAUUCGAGCCCGGUGAAAGCGGAUAUCCUGUUUUCGACGCCUGGCUAAAGAUCACCGAGUUGGCGGACAAGAUCAUCACGUACUAUCGUCCCGACUACCCGCUAGACGUGACGGGCUGGGAAGACCAGUAUCCCGGUCUCGAAGAGAUCUUAGAUGAGGUUCAUGGUUGGCACCUUUCACCUUCGCUACAUAUGACCACUCAUCUCUACUAUCUCACGAUUGCAGCGCUGUCACACCGCUCAAGGGGCGUGAAGCAGAUCCCUCGCGGCACCAAUUCUGCUAUUCGACAGCGACUGUGCUCGAGCGAAGUAGCCAGACUCAUGGACUCGGAUUAUGAUGGGUGUAAAGUCCACGCUCUACCCAUCGUACCGUACUCAGUGUCCAUCGCGCUGUCAGUAGCUUAUCAGCAUCUCCGCCAAUCGCAAUUCGAUCACCAGCAAAAAGACGCGUGUAGAGAGUUUCGCAAAUGCGCCAAGAUCCUACAGAGUCUCCGUCGAACAUGGAGCUCGGCAGACACAAUGGCCGCACUGGCCAAGAAAGUCCAGGAUGAAAUGGACAAGGCGCCUUCGCUCGCCUCAUUCCGUAUCACGCGCGAAGCGCAGAGACGAGCAGCUGAAGGUGAAAAGGAGAAGGAGAAGAAUGUGCCGUGCAUGCCUGCCAUCACCGGCGAGCGAAUGGGUCUCACAGAUGGUCUUCCUUCGGAACAGGCUGCCGUACAAGGUGCGGUAGAUGAGCAGACAGCACUACUCACAGCACCACCAACGGAACAGACGCUGGUGGAAGGCAGUUUUGGUCUCUUCGACGGCAUGGAUGAUGUCUUUGGCACGUAUCUGGAUCCGAAUUAUCCUGUCAACUUGGACGAUCUGUCGUUUCUGGAUGAUAUGCAGGAUGAUAUGCAUACGCUUGGUUACAACGACGCGGUGAUCUACUGA